CUGAGAAUUUGGGAUUUUAUCAUACAAAGACUACGAAAAAAAGAAGAAAAAGCAAAUAUAAACGCUUUCUUGGUCAUACAGCUCACAAAGCCAAGCGCUUUUAGAGGUAGGAUAGCAUGAGACAGAAGCGUAAUCCCUAAGGCCGAUGGAUCAACUUUUAACGAAGAACACCUAUUUUAAACGAGAGACUUCUGUUCUUUGGCAUGUGUAGCGUCGACUCGAGAAUACAAUUUUCAGGGUGUAAUCUGCCCUUGACAACGAAAGCGCCGAGCAAUUUCGCAACGUUGACAAAGCAAUUAGGAUUUUAGAUGAAAGUCACUUUCUUAAGGGCUGCUGGACUGACUUUAGCUGCUAAUGAUCUGUUUUACAGGGAACGCUGGCUUGGUUCAUAUUUUAUUAAAUUCAAAUUUAUUGCCGCCUUGACAAGUAAUCCGCUGUGGCAGACAUCGCCGGCUCUAACAGUAUUCGUUUAAGACCUGGGCAUCGUACGGGAGGUCUUGUUUCCACGGAUACGAAAAUUGAGUGAAGAAUUCCCAAGCCGGGAGUGAAGAGCUGAUAUCGAAAUAAUUGUUUUCUGCUUAUUUAUUUAACAAAGCUCGCACUUAAACUGAAACGAAAUCGCCCAAGAGGAAUAGUUGGAAUACUGUUAUCUCCUCUUAAAUAUGGGCUAAAAAGCGAAUGGUGUGUUACCGGUUAGUAUGGUUCAGAAAUAUUAUCCUUAAUUAUGUCUCGGGAAAGUGAGAUAGCCUUUUUGAUUCUCAUGCAAUUGUUCGCUCCACUGGCUGCUUUUGAGCUAGCAAAUUACGCAGUCUGUACCAAAAUACAACCAAACAUCCGGAUCCAGUGGCCUGCAGGACGCAGCUAUUAGAAAGACACUGCGGCAACGUCAAGAUUACGUUGGCAUAAACUUUCCCAGCACGCUACGGGGAUUCGUAAGAUUCUGCCGAACAAUAACUUGUGAUGCAAAAAGAGCCAGUAGUCGAAGACAGCGAGAUAUAUCAUCAGUAUCAUCCACAACAACGAUACCUGCAGGAGACCGCUUUAAACGAUUUUAAAGAGAAGUCAUUCAUCGAGAACGGGGGAAGUCAAACUUUCGAGGAACAUGAGGAUUUCGAUGACGAUGAGGAAAAAGAGGAUGUGAUGAGCACGUUUCAACCCGUUGCUUUCUUCUUCUUGAAGAAAGAAUCCAGGCCAAGAAUAUGGUUUAUCAAGUUUGUCUCGUGGCCGUACUUUGAGCGUAUCACGAUCUUCGUCAUUCUGUGUAACUGCGUUACGCUUGGUCUAUACGACCCCUUCGAUCCUGAGUGCGCCUCGCAGAGAUGCCAGAUCCUGGAAAAAGUCGAGCUCGCCAUCUACGCGUAUUUUGUCUGCGAAAUGCUUUGCAAGUGGCUGGCGAUGGGAGUGUUUGGCAAACAGGGAUACCUUGCAGAAAAUUGGAACAAACUGGACUGCUUCAUUGUGGCUGCUGGAACGUUCGAGCUAUGCUACGACCAAGGCAAAUACAUGACAGCAGUCCGAGCGAUCCGCGUUCUCCGACCACUCCGUGCCAUCAACAGGGUUCCGAGUAUUCGCAUACUUGUGACGCUCCUAUUGGACACUCUCCCUAUGCUUGGCAACGUGCUUGCCAUGUGCUCUCUCAUUUUUUCCAUAUUUGGUAUUGUGGGCGUGCAAAUGUGGCAGGGAGUUCUCCGAAGUCGAUGCGUGGCCCAGUUGCCUGGCAACCUUUCGGCCAAUCAGUUAAAUAUCAGUGCGUUUUACCAACCAGGCGGCUCGUCUGAUUUGGUCUGUUCGCUGCCAGAGAACUCCGGUGAUAAACACUGCACAAGCGCAUUCAUCCCGGCCUCUACUGCGCAUGGUCGUGAGUGCGGGCUCACAUACGAACAAUACAGUAACCGGUCGAACUAUACAAAUGUAUGCGCGAACUGGAAUCAAUAUUACACGCUCUGCGCAGACAUGGGCAUCAACCCUUUGUACGACGCGGUGUCGUUUGAUAACAUCCUCAUUGCGUGGGUAGCUAUUUUUCAGGUGAUCACCCUUGAGGGAUGGACAGAUAUUAUGUAUUAUAUUCAAGACGCCCACGGAUUUUGGAAUUUCAUAUAUUUUGUCGUCUUAAUCGUGAUCGGCUCGUAUUUUAUGACAAACCUCUGUCUGGUAGUGAUAACCACGCAAUUCCAGGAAACCAAACAACGCGAGAAUGACUUGAUGCGUCAAAGUCGCCGCAAACACACCACCAGCACCAGCACUAUUGGGAGCAGCCGCUACGGGCGCGAAGGCUGCUGGUUAGAAAUCCUCAAAUGGAUCGGGCACGUCUAUCGACACACGAAAAGGCGUCUGGGUAAAAAACUCAACAUCAAAUGCGCCGAGCCCGUAAGUAAAAGAACUCGUGUCACUCGCAAAAAGAAGCGAAGAAAAAAGAAGCUUGUUUACCAUCAUCAUCACCAUCAUCAUCAUCACCACCACUACCACCACCACGUGCACUGUCCAGGCAAUUGCCAGUACAAUACUGUUGGUACAUUUUGUCCGAUUCAUGACGUUAGUUUACCACCAACUCCGAAUGCCUCAAACGCGGACUUCAACAGUGGGGCGUCUACUUCUGAGCCGCCGGUAUCUGGAGUGUCUGGAAAUUCUCUAGCGGUACCAGCACUAGUUCGUGCCACAGUUCAUAAUGGUUCCGAGGAAGCGGAGCCAAAGGCGCCGGAGCUUCCGGGUGCGGUGCCGUCUGUUUCUAUAGUUACAGGGUCCGCGUGUUCUGUACGGCCAGCGGCUUCACCUCUCAUAGGUGAGAUGUUAACAACAGCAACUGCAACAGUCAGCGUUAACGGCCAGCCCGCGAUUGCCGACGUCACCGCUCACUCCUUCGUGUCAGCGGCAUCUCUAACAGGCGCAGCCGCAACAGCAACAGCAAGUGCCGCGGCCACCGCUGUCAUUCAGAACGCAUGCGCAUGCGCCGUGGGACAACAUCUCGAUAAGGUGGAAAAGUUUGAGGCGGAGUACGUGUACGAAGAAGGGGAGGAGUCCGAGACGGACAUGUCCGAUGAUGAAGACACGUCCGGGAGUAGUCCACGCCGCUGCGCCAAGUUCAGGGAAGGGUGUGCCUCUAGCGUGGACAGCAAGUGGUUUAUGUACGUGAUUAUGGGUGCCAUCUUUGUCAACACCCUGACCAUGGGUAUCGAGUAUUACGGACAGCCCCAGAAGAUGACAGACGUGCUGGAGAUCUUUAACUAUAUCUUCACUGCCAUAUUUGGCAUCGAGAUGAUAAUGAAACUGAUUGGCCUUGGUUUCUAUGGUUACAUCAAGGACGCGUUCAAUAUCUUUGAUGGCACAAUCGUGAUCAUCAGCGUUGUUGAGCUGUUCGGUGAUGACGACAGUGGAAUAUCUGUACUCCGCUCAUUCCGUCUCCUGCGCGUGUUCAAGCUCGUCCGGUUCCUUCCCGCGCUUCGUCGUCAACUCCUGGUGAUGAUACACACCAUGGAUAACGUCAUGACCUUCCUAGCCCUACUCGUCAUCUUCAUGUUCACCGCCAGUAUUCUGGGUAUGAACCUGUUUGGCGGGAAAUACCGGUUUCCUAACGACGAGGGAGUCAUGGAGACGUCAAGAGCUAACUUUGAUGAUCUAUUCUGGGCGAUUGUCACCGUGUUCCAGGUGCUGACCCAGGAAGACUGGAACAUCGUGAUGUAUGAUGGGAUGCGUGCGACAAGCAAGUGGGCGGGGCUAUACUUUAUCCUUCUCAUGACGAUUGGGAACUACAUCUUGUUUAACCUGCUCGUCGCUAUCUUAGUCGAGGGAUUCGCAUCAGCACCGGCUCGCGGUGAGAGCACGGCCAGUCUCCGUCCAACACCGUGCCCGAGGACUGAGUACCAGCUUGCUGAGAUCAACUACAAAGAGAGACUGGAGUCACAACGGCUUAAAUGCCACAGCAAGCCCAAAGUUUGUAUCAGUCCAACACCGUCCGUAAUGUACGCCGAACAGGCCGGGUACGACUCCGAAGGAAAUUACGACUACCCUCCGAAAAGUCCACGAAGAUCAUCGUUACCCGAAUUAUUUACAAAGAAAUGUCCGAUUCCGGAAUUAGACCUGAGCUCAGUCCCAGUCACCCCGUGCAUGUCCCCCACAGUCACCGAAAAACCUAAUCCGUUCUGCCCCCCAGCGGGGAGGACUCAGGUUUUUGUGAACAGUCGUACGCCAUCGGAGAAUGAUAUGGAAAAGACAGGCGAAGAUGAAGCUGUUACGGACAACCCGACUGUUGACAUCAAAGUUCCGACGUCAUGCUGCUCCAAGCGUGCUGAUUGGUCGCUUUACGUAUUUGCACCAGACAACAGAUUUCGCAUGCUGAACAAGGAGCUUUACCAGAACAAAUGGUUUGACCGAACCGUUCUUCUCUUCAUUCUUUUAAAUUGCGUUGUCAUGGCACUGGAAGGGCCUUCUGUACUGCCAGGUAGCUUGGAGCGACGGGUGAUUGACAUCUGUAUGUAUGUGUUUCUGGGGAUAUUCACUAUCGAGAUGAUGGUUAAGGUAAUCGCCUUGGGUUUGUGGAUAGGGCCUGACGCGUACCUGCGCAGUGGCUGGAAUGUCAUGGACGGCUUCCUGGUGGUCAUCUCGUGGGUGGACGUGAUCGUGACCGCGACCACUAACGGACAGAACAGCAUUCUGGGGGUCCUGAGGGUAUUCCGUGCUCUACGAACAUUGAGGCCAUUACGUGUUAUAAGUCGCGCUCCUGGCCUCAAGAUCGUGGUAGAGACGCUCAUAUCUUCCCUCAAGCCCAUUGGCAACAUUGUGCUCAUCGCUGCAACUUUCUUCAUCAUCUUCGGUAUCCUCGGAGUUCAGCUGUUCAAAGGCAAGUUCCACUACUGCACAGACGCGACUGUUCCCGUCACCACCAAGACAGAGUGUCUGGAGAAUGGAGGAUCAUGGGUAAACCGUGAAUACAACUUCGACAACCUGGCGAAGGCGUUAUUGACGUUGUUCGUUUUCUCCACCAAAGACGGAUGGGUGAAUAUCAUGUAUGACGGGAUAGACGCGGUCGGCAUUGAUAAACAGCCCAUCCGUAACCACGCGAGGUACAAUGUGAUCUAUUUUGUCGGUUUUUUACUCCUCGCCGGCUUCGUCGUGUUGAACAUGCUUGUUGGUGUCGUCGUCGAGAAUUUCCAGAAAUGUCGGACUUUGAUAGAAAUGGAGAAAAAAAUCGACGAAGAGAAGAAAAACAAGAAAGAAGAGAAAAUGAGACGUGAGAUAGCAGAAGACGAGGCCCUUAGUGAGCAUUACCCUCGACCCAGGAAGUUCAUCCACUCAGUCUGCACUCAUGGCUACUUUGACCUCGGUAUUGCUGCCGUCAUCGCCCUCAACGUGCUGUGCAUGGCCUUGGAACACUACCAGCAACCUGAUGGUCUGACGGCGUUUCUGAAGUGUGCUAAUUACGUGUUCACUGCGGUGUUUAUACUUGAGGCAAUCCUUAAGAUCUUCGCACUAGGAAUAAAGAGAUACAUCAAAGAUAGGUGGAACCAGUUGGACAUGCUGAUCGUGAUUCUGUCUAUCGUCGGCAUCGCAUUAGAGGAGAUGACCAUGGAGCUCCCGAUCAACCCGACCAUCAUCCGGGUCAUGCGUGUGCUUAGGAUUGCAAGAGUGUUAAAACUUUUGAAGACAGCAGAAGGAAUCCGUAAACUGUUAGACACAGUCGCACAAGCCUUACCACAGGUCGGUAAUCUUGGGAUGCUAUUUCUGCUGAUGUUUUUUAUAUUCUCGGCUUUGGGAAUUGAGUUGUUUGGGAAAAUUGACUGCGAGAAGCCAGGCAUCACGUGCCAGGGAAUGGACGAGCACGCUAACUUCCGGUCGUUUGGUAUCGCUAUGCUGACCCUCUUCAGAAUCUCCACAGGCGACAACUGGAACGGCAUUCUCAAGGAUACCAUCAGUCCUGAUGUUUGUCGUGUAAACCCUGAGAUCGAUUGUUCCAUGCUUGAACACGUGGCGCCCAUCUACUUCGCGGUGUUUGUGCUAGCUACUCAGUUCGUGUUGUUGAACGUUGUGGUAGCCGUGCUGAUGAAGCACUUGGAGGAAGCAAAAGACACCAAGACGCCCGUGAAUACUCCGCCAUUGUCGUCAUCAUCGCGUGAGAGUUCCAAGGAUAACAAUGGUGCUUCACUCAAGGUGCCUUCUAGCGACCGCAAGGUGUCGUUUGAUGACGAGGCUGACAAUUAUUCCAAGCCCGAGUCUCGCUCUUCCCGUUGCUUACCGAUGGUCGCAGUCAAUGGUCAGGGGUACAACUCGUUUGAUAACGAGUUCGGUCUACAAGGCAUCACUCGGCAAGACGCCAUCAAACCCCCAGCCAUGCUCAGUCGAUCAGCGCCGAGUUUAAGGCCUGCAAUCACCGAUCGUCGACGCCCCACGUCUGCCAAACCCAGCAUUGAAAGCUCAAGGAUGGUAGGAAGUACGGGCUCGCUCACUCGUCUAAGUCCAUUGAUAGGAAGACGAACCAAGUCUCAAGGCAAACACCAGGAAGAAGCCGGUGGACCAGAGCUGACGUUCACUCCUUCCUGGGACAGUGGCCUGAAACCGGACAGCAUUGGCGGACAGGUCGAGCCUCGUACAAUGUCACCAAGGGCACCGAUCUACACGAUGAGUGAAGAUAGCGAUUUGUAUGACAGCAAUCUGGACACCGAUGGCGGAAGUGACGUUAGGGCUUUUAGCCCAAGACCCUCGCUUAAGUCCACUUCCGGUUCUUCUGAAAGCGAGGAUGCGCAGUACCGCCACAAAAUGCCUCCGGCUUUACGCUCCGGUGCAGAGUUAGCGUGGGGGACCCCUGACGCCCAGGAAUUUGAUUCGAAUGAAGGAAGGCCAAGUAGCAGCAAAAGCGCGCCCGUGGGGGCUGAGGUAGAAGAAAAUAUUCUGCUGCAGAAUAUGCGUCCCGCGACAGCAACAGAAGAUAAGAGUCACCGGAUGCAGAGUUAUGUCUAGUUUACGUCACGUCUCAGUAAAUAAUAUACCACUUGUACUGAGUAACAUUUCAAAGCACUACGUCAUUAACGGAAGACAUGAAUGUCAAAUAUGAAUUCAAUUCUUCAAAAUCUCUUCUGAUAAUGGUGCAUUAGAACAAACAAUGGGCUUUCUUUACUUCUCAAGCAAACCUAUACCAUUCGGUGGAGAACUCGCCAACUGUGAAAGCAUCUGCAAUAAUAUCUUAAAUGAAGAAAUUCAGAGUUACUGUGUGUUGCAGACCAAGUGUUACAGAGUCCUAUGGGGGUAUUAUUUGGACGCCAUAGAUAAUUCGCCAUUUUGCAAGCCUGGAAACGAGCUUAUUGAAUACACUUUCUUUUUAUUAUUAUUUCGAGGAAACUCCUGAGGUGGCUUUCGGUGCCAGUUUUUCCGAAAGUAUGACCACUUCUUCUAUCUCCACAAGCGUACGUCUAUCAGACCAAUACAGCAUUGACAACAAGUACGUUAGAGUAAGUUUGUUUAACGUGUUGAGGGGGUAGGUUAAAGGGGUAGAAAGGGGGAGGGUAGGGACAAAAAUCAACAUAAAAUAAGAAAAACACAUAGUUCUCUAUUACUACAAAACAGAGCUCCAGAAUGAGCUUACAUUACACAGCUCGUCUAAGGAUUUGAGAGCUGUAGAUAUUUUUGUACAAAAUGCAACGGAUAAGAAGAAACCACAUUGAAAACAAGGUAAUUUUUCUCGCUUCAUGCAUCACAAUGUUUUGCCCGCUAGCUUUGCUUACUGCUAUAGGCCAAACGCUAGCAAAAUGUUUUAUCUAAGGAGGCUAGGGACAAUAUUGAAGGGGCCCAGACGGUUCAGGAACAGUCACAACGGGCAGACUCAAAAAGUAAAGGCUCAUCACCUUUAGGACUCUUUGCUUCUAUUUACAGGUUGAACUCCAAUUUUUAUGUUGAGUUUUUAUUAUUUUAACAUGCGUCGCUACCUAAAGUUUUAAAUAAUGGGCCAUGUAACUAUUUUGUAAAUAACAAAGCAUAUUUUGUACUCAUUUUUGCUUUUAUUAUGAGACAGGUCGACGGGAGGUCGACACUUUUCUUAGGGCGAGUUUACCCGAAUUUGCUGCUGGCAGCAAAGUAUGUCUUAGUUCGUUUGUUUUUAUCAUAAAUUGUUCUAUAUCAUGUGUAUAAUUACAAAUGGUGCAAACAAGGAAUGCUCUCAAUUAAAAAAAUUAUAGGACUUUAACGUCAUAUUACAUUUUAAUACGAGUUCAAGAAAUCGCUUGUCUGCUAGUAUGUUUCAAACAGUACUUGGGUCAAUGUAAAGGAACGCAACUUAUACCACUUUCCGUCUGAAGCAAUCUCUUGAUUGAAAUGGAAAUUUUUUUCGAGUUUGAAAGGAAAGAAGCACUUCAUGUGUCAAGCUUCAGGUGUAAAAUUCGUGCUUGACUAAUUGAUGGUUUAAAAGUAGUGCUUUAAUUGCAGUGAAUAAGUGCCUGUCCAGGGGUUGGAAAGCAGGUUAGCGCUAACUCAGGGAUGAAUACGGCUAUCUUGCCUUCGAUUGAAUAAAAGGGGCAUUCAACCCUCGGAAAACAAUCUGGACCUUGAAUAGUUUAGUGUUAUAAUUGUUUGGAUUUACCUACAAGUAUCCGAAAGACAAUAAUGUGGCGGUUCACGGUAUUAGCUCUUCUACGAUCGGUGGAGGAAUAGAAAAUAAAGAUUUAUUAGUUGGGACUGCUAAAGUCUAUUUUUGUCUCAGUUAGCACAGAAAGAAUAGAAUAGAUAGCAAUUGUGAGUUUUAGAAUUGAUUUUAUGACAAAUAAAUAGAAAUAAAAAUGAAA